AUGGCUUCUUCUGCUUUAUCAACCAUAACCUGUUCGAUUGGUCGGAAAUGGUUUGCCGGAUUAUCUAAUCAUCCAAUUGUAUGGAUGAUUGGAUCUUCUUCUUCUAGCGUUUAUUCGAAAGGCAUGAGCACGUUGGCCGAGCCGAUGUCAACGAAACAAAACCCAUCGUCAUCUCCUUGGCUUAUACUGCCUCCAACCUUUGACGUCACCGUCAUCGGCACCGCCAGCUUAAGCUACAAGUUCUACAACCUAGCCGACAAUAAAAUCGUAACCCUCUAUAUAGGAAAAAGUUGCUAUGAAAGAGAAUUAACGCAUCUGCACAUGCGUUUGGCAGGAUCUUCACACGGAUGGCUCGCUUUGUUGAGCCUCAGGCUGGAUCUAUUUCUGUAUAAUCCCAUCUCCCGUCGCCACAUAAAACUCCCUUUGGUUCGUGAUCUGACCAUAUUUCCUGCUAGCCCCACCAUAAUGUACAAGUUCAUACUCUCGUGCUCCCCAGAAGACCCAAAUUGUCGAGCCAUCAUUAUCUACAACAACAUGUAUGCCCUAGCUUUUUGCUGCCCUGCCUUCAGCAAGGACUGGACCCAUAUCAGCAAAGGCUAUUGGGAUUGUGUCUACUCCACAAGACAUGAAGCACUGUUUAGCCUCACGAGAAAGGGCGUGUUGGAAUCUUGGGAUCUUCAUUCACUGAGGGCGGUGAAGAUAGCCGAUGUUAGACGCAUUGGACUAGUUAGAAUUAGGUAUCCGAGGAAAAGAUAUAAUAAUCAUAAAGAGGAGGAGAAUGACGACUUGCGGCUAACGUGUGAUGCAGUGCAGCAUCUGGUAGUGGCCGGGCGUGAUCUCCUCGUGCUGUCUCAAUACGUGGCUUGUUUUGAUUUUGAUGGAUUGUAUGUUGACUGCAAUGACCCGCAUCAGGAUACCAUCGAACGAGGCCUUCCGUUUUUUACUAUUGAUUUUCGUGUUUAUAGAUAUAAUCCUGAGGCUGAGGAUUUAAAGUACAUCAACUCUUUAGAUGGCUUGGCGCUUUUCGUCGGCUACCACAGCGAUGCAUUUGCGUUGCCCGCGGCAGAGUUUCCAGAGCUCAAACCCAAUUUCAUUUACUUCACGAAUGCGCUUGAUGAUCAUCUGGUAGUGGCCGGGCGUGAUCUCCUCGUGCUGUCUCAAUACGUGGCUUGUUUUGAUUUUGAUGGAUUAUAUGACCCUGAGGAUGAGGAUUUAAAGUACAUCAACUCUUUAGAUGGCUUGGCGCUUUUCGUCGGCUACCACAGUGAUGCAUUUGCGUUGCCCGCGGCAGAGUUUCCAGAGCUCAAACCCAAUUCCAUUUACUUCACGAAUGCGCUUGAUGAUGUAAUGAGUCCGGAUACACCAACUGGUGGCCAUGACAUCGGCAUUUUCAAUUAUAAAUACAAGACUGUGUUGCCAUGCUCUUAUCCAUGUGAUGUCAAGAACAUGAGCAAGACUUUCCCAGUGCCUACUUGGUUCUUCCCAAAAUCGAAGCAUUUCGUGGCCGUGCACGGUGUCGGGCACGGCGCGUGGGUCUACUACAAGCUCAAGCUGCGAGUCGAGGCCGCCGACCACCGGUUCACGCCGCUCAGCCUGGCGGCCGCCGGCAAUAGCCCCAAGAAGCUGCAGGAGGUCGAUCAUUGCACGACUAUACCGAGCCAUUGCUCGAAUUCUUGGACUCUGUCCCCGAGGGCAAAAAGAUAA